GUUGUCCAACUACAGAAAAUGUAUGGGAGGUUUGCGUCUCCUGACUUUCCAAACAUAUACCCCAACAGCAAGGAGAGGACGUGGAACAUCACCGUGCCCGAAGGCUACACCAUCCGCAUCUACUUUACCCACUUCAACCUCGAGUUGUCUUUCCAGUGUGAAUACGACUAUGUGAAGAUGCAGUCUGGAGGGAAGGUCUUGGCUACCCUGUGUGGUCAUGAGAGCACUGACACGGAGGAAGCCCCAGGAAACAAGACGUACCACUCGUUUGACAACAACCUCGCGGUGACCUUCCGAUCGGACUACUCAAAUGAGAAGGGGUUCACUGGCUUUGAGGCUUUCUACGCUGCUGAAGAUAUUGACGAGUGUCAACAGCUGGUUGACAGCGAGCCAAUUUGUGACCAUCAUUGCCACAAUUACCUGGGUGGUUUUUAUUGUAGCUGUCAAAUUGGCUACGUGUUGCACAGAAACAAGAGAACCUGCAAAGCUGACUGUCUAGAAAAGGUAUCGACAGCAAGAUUUGGAGAAUUCUCCAGCCCACAUUACCCCAACCCGUAUCCAAAACUCUCCCACUGCAAUUAUGGCAUUCAAGUGGAAGAAGGCUACAUGGUCAUUCUGGAAUUUGUGGGGAAAUUUGAAAUCGAAACCCAUCCGGAAGUGCCAUGCCCAUAUGACAUCCUCAAGAUUAAGACACCCAAGGCAGCAUUUGGUCCAUUCUGUGGGGACAGCCUCCCUCCAAAAAUCGAAACACGCAGCCACAUUGUGGAUAUCCAGUUCACCACAGACUCGUCUGGAGCUCACGCUGGAUGGAAAAUCAAAUACACAACUACAGCUUUGCCGUGCCCCAUCCCUCAAGCGCCACCCCAUGGACGGAUCCAACCAAUACAAGCAAAAUAUUUCAUGAAAGAGUCUUAUAGUCUCACCUGCAGUGUUGGCUAUGCACUCUUGGAAAAUGAGCUGAUUGUGAAAUCCUUCACAGCGACAUGUCAAAAGGACGGAUCCUGGAAUAAGCCAAUGGCUCAGUGUACCAUUGUGGACUGCGGGCCGCCAGAGGACAUAGCCAGUGGUACCGUUGUGUAUGCCACACAAGUCGAUGUUAACAUCUACCAAGCUGUGAUUGAAUAUAAUUGCGAAGAUUCCUUCCAUGAACUAAAAGCAGGAAGUUCUGGUCGCUACAGGUGUGCCCAUGAUGGCUACUGGAGAGAUUCCAAUGGGAAGAAAGCACUUCCUGUCUGUGCGCCAGUCUGUGGUGUCCAACAUUCGAAACCUCUGAAACGCAUAUUUGGUGGAAAGAGGGCAAAGCCCGGGCAGUUCCCUUGGCAAGUUCUGAUUACCGACAGACAAGGAGUAACAGGGGGUGGCGCCCUUUUGUACGACAACUGGAUUUUAACAGCGGCUCAUGUCAUCGCCGAUCCAGCAGAGGCCUCCUCCCUGACCCUGAAAAUGGGUAUGGUGAACAAACGAGCCACUCUUCACCAUCAAGCUGAGGCAGAAUCUGUUUUUGUCCACGAAGGAUUCAGGAACGACGGCAUCAACUUUGACCACGAUAUUGCUUUGAUUAAACUGAAGCACAAAGUUCCCAUUAACGCAAACAUCACUCCCAUUUGCUUACCAGGAAAGGAAAGUAGAUUCCAUGUGAACAGGAGUGAUAAUGGAGCAGUAGCUGGCUGGGGAAAAACAGAGAAGGAGAGGCCUUCCGUUUUCCUGCUAUACACAGAGCUAGAUGUUAUUGACCCAGAGAAGUGCAGAGAAGCAUUUGCAAACAAGAGUAUUGGGGGAAGGCCGCUUGUAUUGACCGAAAACAUGUUUUGUGCUGGCUAUGACCAAGGGGGAAGAGAUUCUUGCAGUGGGGACAGUGGAGGGGCAUUAAUUUUUUUUGAUUCUCAGACCAGGAGGUGGUUUGUGGGUGGCAUCGUCUCCUGGGGUAUGGAAUGUGGUGCGGCACACCUAUAUGGUGUGUAUACUAAAGUGACCAACUACAUCUCAUGGAUGGAAAACAUAAUUGUACAUAAUUCUUGA